ACUCCAAACACCAGGCGCUGGGAACACCGUGUGGUGCUGUGGAUAUCACUUGGAGACGCGACUGUUUUCAGCAGCGCGGACACUGGUCUGUUCAGUGCAAUAGGAUGCGUGUGCUUUCUGAGAACAAGGAAACAACGCGGGUGAAUUGUGUUUAAGCGGUACAGGAAGAAAGAAGUGAACAGCGAAUGUUUUUGUCGGCCUCAGGGCGCGUGGUGUUUUGGUUUAAACAGCAGAUUAAAGCCAGGAUAAUCUUCAUCACAGACUGAAGCAAACAGGCACAGAAAAGUUCCUAUUGGAAUAUUUGUGUAUAUUUUAAUUUUAUCACAAUAAAUUAAUAAAUAAAUAGCGCUGGGGAAAGAAAUAUAGCAUUUCAAUGACACUGUCAGCGCCUUAAUUUUUUUUAAACUAUCGCUGCCUUUUCACGGUUAUCGCCCAUUUUGUCAACUGUUACGGUUUUUGCUCCAUAAGCCACUACAGUACAUAAUUUUAGACUGACAACUGUUUAAAAAGGCAUCACCUAUAUAAGAUAGUGAGCGUGACAGCACAUUAAUUUAUGCAUAUAUGACAAUCGCACUCGGAGUUCGGAGCAACGGUGCACGCCGAGCGCUUUUCUAGGACAGCCGCACAUAAGCGCUCAAUAUCUGCUCACCAAAAAGCGUGAAAGAGACUGAACAUCUCGCCAACAUGACGGAUGGACCGAGACAAAGAGGGAGCGCUGCGCCGAGCAUCAACGGGGAUGGAGCGGCAGACUCGGGGAAAGCCGCAGGAGAGUCGUCGGUGGCGUUAAAGAAGGAGAUUGGUCUCGUCAGCGCUUGCGGUAUUAUUGUUGGUAACAUCAUUGGCUCAGGAAUCUUUGUCAGCCCCAAGGGAGUGUUGGAAAAUGCUAGUUCAGUGGGCCUGGCUCUCAUCGUAUGGAUUGUCACCGGCAUUAUCACAGCAAUCGGGGCGCUCUGCUAUGCUGAGCUGGGUGUUACUAUCCCCAAAUCUGGAGGAGAUUAUUCCUAUGUCAAGGACAUCUUUGGAGGGCUGGCAGGAUUCUUGCGGUUGUGGAUUGCUGUGUUGGUGAUCUACCCCACGAAUCAGGCAGUCAUUGCUCUCACAUUCUCCAACUACGUCCUGCAGCCUCUAUUCCCCACCUGCUUCCCCCCGGAGAAUGGUCUGCGCCUGCUCGCCGCCAUCUGCUUGUUGCUGCUGACAUGGAUAAAUUGUUCUAGUGUGCGAUGGGCAACACGAGUGCAGGAUAUCUUCACUGCAGGGAAACUUCUGGCUCUUAUUCUCAUCAUCAUCAUGGGCAUCGUACAGAUUUGCAAGGGCGAAUAUUACUGGUUGGAGCCAGCCAAUGCCUUCGAGCCAUUUCAAGACUAUGAUGUUGGUCUGAUCGCUCUGGCGUUUCUACAGGGCUCCUUCGCCUAUGGUGGCUGGAACUUUCUCAAUUAUGUCACAGAGGAACUGGUCGACCCCUAUGUGAACCUCCCGCGUGCUAUCUUCAUCUCCAUUCCCCUUGUGACCUUUGUUUACGUUUUUGCUAACAUUGCCUACGUCACUGCCAUGAGUCCUCAGGAGCUGCUUGCCUCCAAUGCUGUCGCCGUGACGUUUGGUGAGAAGCUGUUAGGAGUGAUGUCAUGGAUCAUGCCCAUCUCUGUGGCCUUGUCCACAUUUGGGGGGGUCAACGGCUCCCUCUUCACCUCCUCUCGGUUGUUUUUCGCGGGUGCUCGGGAAGGCCAUCUCCCCAGCCUCCUGGCAAUGAUUCAUGUGAAGCGCUGCACCCCAAUUCCAGCCCUGAUAUUCACUUGCAUCUCCACUCUUCUGAUGCUGUGCACUAGUGACAUGUACACACUCAUCAACUAUGUGGGUUUCAUCAACUACCUCUUCUAUGGUGUCACUGUUGCUGGGCAGAUUGUGCUGCGGAUUAAACAACCAGACAUGCAUCGACCAAUUAAAAUCAGCUUGGUGUGGCCGGUCAUCUACUUGCUCUUCUGGGCCUUCCUGCUGAUCUUCUCCCUGUACUCAGAGCCUGUGGUGUGUGGUAUUGGUUUGGCCAUCAUGCUUACUGGUGUCCCUGUCUAUUUCUUGGGCGUGUACUGGGAAAACAAGCCCCAAUGUUUCAAUACAUUUGUUGAUAAGAUGACAUACCUGGGUCAGAAGUUCUGCAUAGUGGUUUACCCAGCGGAGGACAAGAAGAAAACUGAAGAGGGUGGAGAUGAGAUAGAGCUGAAGGAACAGUCGACUCCACUGUCAGCAGAAGACGGGGAGAAAUCAGCUGACUGCUGAACAGACACAUUGAGACACACUCAAUCCCUCACAUACAGGGUGCCGGUCUUUUUGAGACAGACACUGUAAAUCGGAAAUUGUUCACAUACCUCACUUUUUUCGUUAGGCCUUUUUAUAAAGAGUGGGUUGCACCGUAGGGCAGGAGCUAAGCUCUGGAGAUAGUAAUUAACAGAGACUGGGUGCUCUAUAGUCACAUCAUUCUGCUAUAGUGGUUUUAGAAACUUUUUGCUAGUCAAUUUGCAACUGCAUUAUUGGCUGUGCAACAGAAUGACAACAUUAAAAUGUCAGAUGAGCACAAAAAUGCUCUAAAAUGUACAUACAAAUUUCGGAAACAUUCCGUUCUAUGGGAAACACUGGGAUUGAUCUCAAUCUGGGGAUUAGAAUUCCAUUCUAUAGAAUAUAGAACAUUGGAUGGUCAAUUUGGCAAACAACAUCAUGGCCUAACCUGAAAUGGCAGGGUUUGUUUUAUUUAUUAUUAAAUACAUUCUAAUGUUUUAAUUCUAACCCCUCUCAUCUGCCUCUUUAUUCCUCAGUUUUUAAUUUGGGUAUUUCACACUCCUCAUUUAAAGCAUUUUUUAUAAACCAAAGCUGUAUUUUAAAUUGUAUUGUACUACACUAAAACACCAUUUUUGUUUAAAUAUGAUUUUGAUAUUUUUAAUUGUUUUGUAAUCAUAUUACUUUGUCAUUGUGAUAUGGCUGUUAUAAUUUUUUUAUUGAUUUGUCAUUGAUUUUUUUUAAUCACUAUAUAUUGAAGGCAUAUACAAUAUAUAUUAGAACCAGUUGUGGUGGUUCAGAGUAGUUUUCUAGCAGGUUACUCUGGUACAAAUAAAAAAUUGAUUUUUACAGAAACCUGUUUGAUGUCAUUGUAUAUGUUAUUAUCACUGUUUGAGAAUAUUUUGCUUUCUGAUAUUUCUGAUGUUAAAAAGUGUUCAACGAAAACUUAAAGAGGCCAAUGUGGUCAUUCUGUCUUAACAUUUGACAGAGAUUACAACCACAGUCAAAACCCCUGGGUUCACUUUCAUUCAACGUAAUUAUUUCAAAAGUAUUUACACAAUUGUUGCAGCAAAUUUUACGUGAAAAAAAAAGGUGGUGCAUAGUGUCCGUAACGUUGACGUAUUUAAAUCGAAAAAUAUAUAUAAAUAUUGUAUGAAUGUAGUUAUACAUUUUUUGGUCCUAUCAUUUAUUUUAAGGCAAUAAAAGUGAAAUAUGUGAAUAUUCAAGAACUUGAAAUCACUCUUGAUACACUGUAUAAGCCGGUUAAAUCAGUCAUAGUAUACAAUGAAUAAUAUAUACAAUCUUAAUCAUGUUGAUGGAUGAUAGAUAUUAAGAGAAGUGAAAUACAACAGAAUGGAAUCAAGCUAACAAAUAUAUGGUUUACUCACAGACAGGAUCCAGAUUACAUUAAAUACUGUUACUUAAUCAAACUACACACCAAAAUUAAGCAAAAGCCUUAAAAAAAACUUUACGAUUCUGAAAAAAAAUAUUAUAAUACACCAAUCAGCCACAAUACUAACGGUGGUUUUAAUGUUGUGUCUUAUCAGUGUAUGUAGUGUGUUUCUACAAGAUAAAUGUUCAGUUGAAGAGUAUGUACAGUAUGCAAGUCACUGUUGUACAUAUAACUGCAUAAGGUUUUGUGUGGUCACAGGGUCUUUUUAUUGUGCCUCUGUAUUGAUGUCACACAUUUACCCACCCAAUACUUCUUAAAAAUAUUGUUGUACAAACUAUAGAAAAAGUGCCAAUUGUUUUUUGUUUGUAUGUUUUCUGGCUGAUCUGUAAUGAGUAGGUGCUGUAUAAAAAGCAAGAGUAUAUAUAGAUCACAGUGUAAUUCAUUGUCAUGUUGCAUGAGCUUCUUCCCACCAAUCUUUAACCUUCCCCCAACACAGUAAACACUGCCUUUUUGAUAGUUCCUCUCUUAUUCAGAUUGCAGCAAGACCUGUCAUUAUCAGUACAGUUAAUUAAAAACUGACUGCAUACAGACAUUUUGAUAAUAAUCUUUGAUCAUUGUAUGUAACUUUCAAGUUUAGCUGCUUCUGAGAACUGCCUAUUGUGCUGCAAAUGCAAUAACACAAUGUCUGUGUUAUAUAGAUAAUGUGACUUUCAUAUUGGCAGUCCUGAUGGGUUCAGACUUUCUAACACUCUAGAACAGGUGAUACUGAAAACAAUACAAAAUGAGUUUUCUGUAUAUUUUACCAGUAACAAAUGAUUGAUGCUAAUAUUUUGAAUAUCCUUGUCACAUCUAUAUAACUCUAUUAUUGAAUGACCUAUAUAGAUUACAUUCACAUUUAAAUAUUUUCAGUCUGAACUAAUAAAGAUUUCAAAGUUCAAAUUACCACUAUUCAUAACUGUCUGGGGUUUCUAUCAGAGUUCUCUCGUUUCUUACAAGUUUUGUAUUUGUUUUAAAUGUAUAUAUUAAAAGAUAAAUAAAUAUAUAUGC